AUGCCAAGUGUGAAAACGCCAACCGAUGAAUAUGAUGCACCAGCUACCGGUACCAUUGUCAAUGAAAACAGCAGUGUGGCGUCCGCUUCAGAGUGGACUGAGAGCGAGAGCACCCGUGAUCGUCAAACUCUGGUCGUAUCCUGUGAAGCAGAUGCUCGUACAGGCCAGAAGGCCACGGUGGAUUAUUCGACUGGGUCGUCUACUGAUUGUACGGUGCCAAGCCAACCUCCAUUCGAGGGACUUGAUUUGAUAAAGCCAUUGCAUGAAAGUGCAAACAAUGAUGGUCAUUCUCCAUUUGCCGAUGACGCCUCUGCCCAUUACAGUGCUUUGACUUCCUUGUCGGGAUUCUCAAAGGACCUCGUCCCAUCCAUAGUCAUUGGAACGGAAACGACAAGGCAAAUUGCGGACCCUACUUCUAACCGAAUAAGUGGAGCUUCCAUCCGAAAUGAUGCAAGACAGUCAGAACUCAUGAUUUUGAACACUGAAAAUCGUCGUUCGUCGAUAGCAAUGGAAUCGCUCACCAUCAACAAGCUGAAAUUCUCGUCCCUCGGUGUGGUUGGAAGAGAUCGAGAAAUAUCAGUAUUGGAGUCAUGUUUUGGUAGACUUUUAUCCAGCAGUCAAGGAACCGAAAAUCGUACAGCGGACGAUCCAACGCCACCAAUACAUAAUGAGCUCGUUUUCAUUCAGGGAUACAGUGGCAUUGGGAAAUCAACAAUGGCACGGUCUUUACAAACGAUUGUAGAAAAAUCUCCAGAUGGGGUGUACGUCGAAGGAAAGUAUGAAUUCACUUCAACGGACGAGCCAUAUUCCGGUGUCGCACAAGCCUUCGGGAAAUUAUGCGAUCGAUUCGGUGACUGUUCGAAAGAAACGGUUUCCGAGAUCUCGGACAUAAUCAUGGAUACAAUGAAAGAAGAAGCAAUAAUGCUGAUGGGACUUAUACCGGAGCUCAGCAUCUUUUGGAAUACUGACGAAACUACGCCCAGGAACGCCCUUAGCGAAGCACACAAUUUUGGUAACGAUCAUGAACGAUGGAAGUAUGCCUUCCGCACAUUAACACAAAUCCUUGGCUCGCACUUAUCUCCUAUCGUUAUCGUCUUGGAUGACAUCCAAUGGGCUGAUAUAUCGUCGCUUGACAUCAUGGAUUGCUUGAUAUCAGAUGUGAAGAAUCCACACCCAGUAAUGAUGAUUGGUUGCUAUCGAUCCAACGAGGUUGAUGAAAAUAGCAUCCUCUACAACCGUAUCAAGACACUCGAAGAAAAGAAAGAAUACCUUUCAUUUCAUAUCACUGAUAUAUUGCUGGACAGCUUUGAUGUUUACGAUGUGAACAAGUUGAUAAUGUCCAUGAUGUCGAUUGAUGAUGAAUCGACCACUCUUCCGCUAGCUGAAGUAUGUCACAAGCGCACUCUGGGAAAUCCAUUCUUCUUGAUUGAGUUCAUGAGAGUGCUGCACACAGAGAAGCUCUUGGAAUUUAACCUUGGAUUGAUGAAAUGGGUUUGGAAGACGAAGAAGAUCGAAGAUGCAACUAUGUCAACAGCUAACGUCGUCGAUCUGCUUCAAAACAGGAUGAGAAAACUGUCAAAAGACCAACAGCUGCUACUGCAGUAUGCAGCAUGCCUCGGGUCAUCCAUUUUUGCUCCGAAUAUUACUUUUGUUUGGAAGGAACAUGCUCUUGCCCUGUCACUCAGUUCGAAUAAGGAUGUGGUUGCCAUGCUUGAAGUGGUAAAGGAUGCUAAUUUCAUCGAACUCUGUGGAGAAGAUGAGUACCGUUGGGUUCAUGAUAAAGUACAAGAGGCGGCUUUUUCAUUGUCAGAUUUGGUGACCCCGUCCUUCCAGUGUGCCCUUGGAGUCUGCUUAUUCCAAGGUUUGGAAGACUCGCAGCUUGAGAAGCAGCUUUUCGAUGUUGUCGAUUUGAUCAACAAAGGGAAUGCAAUAGAAAGCCUAGAACUUGCCGAACUGAAUCUACGGGCAGCAAAGAAAGCACGAAGAAUCGCAGCCUUCCAAAGUGGUGCAAACUAUGCCAACAGCGGUAUCAAGCUGCUUUCAUCAGAUGACAUGUGGAGAACCAAUCGAGAGCUUCUGCUUGAGCUGUACACGUUAUCUGCUGAAAUGGAAUUGGCAAUUGGACGUAUCAAUGUGGUUGACGUACGGAUCCAAACAGUCCUCGCCCGGAAGAUUUUUACCACCGAAGAGACAAUGCGACUUCAAAUUAUUAAGGUUGCGAAUCUGUACUCUGUGGAACUUCGCUUUGACGAGGCAGUAACUUAUGGUGUUCGUGUGCUCAAGGAAAUUGGAUACAAUUUUGUUUGGCCAAAGAAACUGGUUCCUCUGCAAGCGCUAAUGUUGAUGACGAAAACCAUCAAGAAACUGAUGGCCUUGCCCGCAAGCCACUUCAACAACAUCCCUUUGAUGCAAGAUCCAAAACACCUUUCUAUUGUGCAAAUGUUGUCCAAACUCCAUCAUGCGACAUACAAUGUUGGUGAUCUUCCGCUAAAUUUCGUCGUCAUAUGCAGGUCUAUCUCAUUGACAUUGAAACACGGCCCUAAUGAUCUUUCGGCGCCAAAGCUUGCAGCUCUUGCUGCGUGUUGGAUGUUUAUAAAGAAUGACCAUGCUACAUGUUCGCAUAUCCUCAAGUUGAUAUUCUCAAUUCAAAGAAGAUUUGGCAUUCGGAAUGCUGCUGAGACAUAUGCCACCAGCUUGGGGUUUGUACAAUGUUAUAUGAAGCCGUUACACGAAAGUCUUCAGCCUGCUUUAGGCGGAUAUGUUCAAGGAUUGAAAGAUGGCGAGAUCGAGAACGCCAUGUCGUGCCUAUGUCUAAGAUUUCUGUAUUUGCCAUAUCUAAUGGGGAAACCUCUUUCCUCAAUAGUCGAAGAGUUUCCAAAGCUGGCGGCCCAAUUGGAGGAAGCGAAGCGCGCAAAGGAACUUUGGGCCUUUCGAGCGUUGUGGAAGAUGAUGUUGAACUUGCAAGUACCACCUGAUGAGGCAUCAAAGAAGCUUGACGGUGAAGACUUGGAACUAUCAGAGGACGACAGGAAAUCGUGGCACGUUGGUUUUACAAAUUUUGCCAUUGGUGAAAUGCUGCUCUUUCUAUUCACGGACCACGAAGCUCGAGUGGAACGAUUGCUUGGGGAAGAGAAAGGAAACACUUUUCCCGAAAAAAUUCCGGCUUUCCUUCUUGGUACAAUCGACACUUUUCACAGAGGCAUUGCAUGGUAUGCCAUGGCUCGACGAACUGGCCGGAAACGGUACAAAUCCGAGGCAAAAAAAAUUAGAAAGGCGGUGUCUUCGUGGGUAUCGGCGGGGAAUCCAAAUGUCGUCCAUUACGACUUGUUACUAAGUGCCGAACAGGCCGUAUUGGACAAGAAAUAUGACAAGGCUGAUGAUUUCUACAGAAGGGCCAUUGUCAGUGCUGCUCGUGGCGGUUUUCUCCAUCAUGCGGCUCUAUUCAACGAAAGAUUUGCAGAAUAUCGAAUUGACAUACAUGGCGAUAUUGACGAUUACAAGUAUUAUACGCAAGAAGCGAUUCGAUACUACACGGAUUGGGGGGCAGUCGGCAAAGCGAAAGAACUGGAGCAAAAUAUGAUAAGGUGCAAUGAUUCCGACUUUUCUAAUGAUUAG